CGCUGCAUCACAGAGAGGAAAAUACCACCAGAUGGCGGUUUAGGAUUGCUGCUCUUCUCUCAAGGCGCGGUUCCGCUCGCACGGCCAAUUUUCAAUAUUAAAAUACGCACGAUAUUAAAACGAAAAUCGAUUUAUUAUCUCGGAAGGCGAUAAUCGAUUUGGCGAUGGUCGUGAAAGGAGCUGAAGAGAGUUAAGUGCCAGAGAGUCAAGUGCAAUCCGUCCUGGAGCCUCUCCUCCCUGCCCUUCCAGACCUUCCCCCCCUCCAGACUUGCCCAGACUUGUGCCUACAUCUUCCCAUCCGAAACAGCUCAGUGCUGAAGACAGGUAUAAAAAGAACUGCAGAGGUCUACAGCUCCCCCACUGACUAGGAUGAUCACCUCGGAGCUCCCUGUCCUACAGGACUCGUCCAAUGAGUCUGGGGCAACAGAUGCAGUGGGCUUAAGCAUGAGCAUGAGCGAGAUGGAAGAUCCAGAGGUGAAAGGCAAGAAGAAGAGAGGGAGGCCUGGAAAGCAAGCACCGACAUCCAAUAAGAAACCCCGGAAGUCACCGGCAGACAAGAGUGUGGGUGUGACCAGAGGGCGAGGGAAAGCCAACGGUGUGGCUCAACAUAACGGCGAUGGUGGAGACCCCGUCACUCUGUUUGAAGUGGUCAAACUGGGCAAAAGUGCCAUGCAGUCUGUUGUGGAUGAGUGGAUCGAGUCGUACAAACAGGACAGAGACUUGGCGCUGCUAGACCUUAUCAACUUUUUCAUCCAGUGUUCAGGUUGCAAAGGCACUGUGAGAAUUGAGAUGUUCAGGAACAUGCAGAACGCAGAGAUCAUCCGUAAGAUGACUGAGGAGUUUGACGAGGACAGUGGGGAUUAUCCUCUAACCAUGCCAGGCCCAAUGUGGAAAAAGUUCCGCUACAACUUCUGCGAGUUUAUCAGCGUGUUGAUCCGCCAGUGUCAGUACAGCAUCAUAUACGAUGAAUACAUGAUGGACACUGUGAUUUCCCUCCUCACCGGACUUUCUGACUCUCAAGUGCGAGCCUUCAGACACACCUCCACAUUAGCAGCCAUGAAGCUGAUGACGGCGCUGGUAAAUGUUGCGCUGAACCUCAGCAUUCACCAGGACAACACACAGAGACAGUACGAGGCAGAGAGGAACAAGAUAGCCGGCAAACGAGCCAACGAGAAGCUGGAACUGCUACUACAAAAGAGGAAGGAGCUUCAAGAAAACCAGGACGAAAUAGAGAACAUGAUGAACUCCAUCUUCAAGGGUAUCUUUGUGCAUCGCUACAGGGACGCGAUUGCUGAGAUCCGAGCCAUCUGCAUAGAGGAGAUCGGAGUGUGGAUGAAGAUGUACAGCGAUGCAUUUCUCAACGAUAGUUACCUGAAAUAUGUUGGUUGGACACUACAUGAUAGGCAAGGAGAGGUGCGUCUGAAGUGCCUGAAGGCUUUGCAGAAUCUGUACACAAACAGAGAACUGUUUCCUAAGCUAGAGCUUUUCACAAACCGCUUCAAGGAUCGAAUAGUAUCGAUGACACUGGAUAAAGAGUAUGAUGUAGCUGUAGAGGCCAUCAGACUGGUUACGCUCAUCCUGCAGGGCAGUGAAGACGCUUUGUCCAAUGAGGACUGUGAGAAUGUGUACCAUCUGGUUUACUCUGCUCAUCGGCCAGUGGCUGUCGCUGCCGGAGAGUUCCUUCACAGAAAAUUGUUCAGUCGCCACGACCCACAGGCAGAAGAAGCGUUGGCGAAGCGCCGAGGAAGGAGCAGUCCCAAUGGAAAUCUCAUCCGCAUGUUGGUGCUCUUCUUUUUAGAGAGCGAGCUCCAUGAGCACGCUGCCUACCUGGUGGACUCGCUGUGGGAAAGCUCUCAGGAGCUGCUGAAAGACUGGGAGUGCAUGACUGAACUUCUGCUGGAGGAGCCUGUGCAGGGAGAAGAGAUGUUGUCAGACAGGCAGGAGAGUGCGCUAAUAGAGCUGAUGGUGUGCACAAUCCGACAGGCGGCCGAGGCUCACCCACCUGUCGGCAGAGGCACCGGCAAGCGGGUGCUGACGGCAAAGGAGAGGAAGACCCAGAUAGACGAUAAGAACAAACUGACCGAGCACUUCAUCAUGGCUCUGCCCAUGCUGUUAUCCAAGUACCAGGCAGACUCGGAGAAGGUAGCCAACCUGCUGCAGAUCCCCCAGUACUUCGACCUGGACGUGUACAGCGCCGGGCGCAUGGAGAAGCACUUGGACGCCUUACUGAAGCAGAUCCGGCUGGUGGUGGAGAAGCACAUCGAGACAGACGUGCUGGAGGCCUGCAGUAAGACCUACAGCAUCCUCUGCUCUGAAGAGUACACCAUCAUGAACCGUGUGGACAUCGCGCGCUCACAGCUCAUCGAUGAGAUGACCGAUCGAUUCGCACACUCGGUCGAAGAGCUGCUGCAAGAGGCAGAGGAGGCCGAUGAUGAUGACAUCUACAAUGUGUUAUCUACCCUCAAGCGACUCACAGCCUUCCAUAAUGCUCAUGACUUGACGCGGUGGGAUUUAUUCGGGAGUUGCUACCGGCUGCUGAAGGCGGGAAUCGAACAGGGCUCCAUGCCAGAGCAGAUAGCAGUCCAGGCGCUGCAGUGCUCCCACUACUCCAUCCUCUGGCAGCUGGUCAAGAUCACAGAGGGAGUUCCCAGCAAGGAUGACCUGGUGGCUCUCAGAAGAGUGGUGAAGUCUUUCCUGGCUGUGUGUCAGCAGUGCCUGUCCAAUGUCAACACGCCAGUUAAAGAACAGGCGUUCAUGCUUCUCUGCGACCUGCUAAUGAUCUUCAGUCACCAGCUGGUUUCUGGCGGCAGGGAGGGUCUCCAGCCGCUGGUCUUCAACCCAGACAGCACUCUGCAGAACGAGCUGCUAAACUUUGUCCUGGACCACGUCUUCAUCGACCAGGAUGACGAGAGCCAGAGCAUGGAGGGAGAUGAAGAGGACGAGGCCAACAAGAUCGAGGCCCUGCACAAAAGAAGGAACCUGCUCGCAGCUUUCUGCAAACUUAUCAUCUACGACAUCGUAGACAUGCCCGCUGCUGCUGACAUCUUCAAACACUACAUGAAGUAUUACAACGACUAUGGCGACAUCAUCAAGGAGACCCUCAGUAAAACCAGACAGACGGACAAGAUUCUCUGUGCAAAGACACUCAUCCUCAGCUUGCAGCAGCUGUUCAACGAGCUGCUGCAGGAUCAGGGUCCCAACCUGGACCGAACGUCGUCUCACGUCAGCGGCAUCAAGGAGCUGGCCCGCCGCUUCGCCCUCACAUUCGGUCUGGAUCAGAUCAAGACCAGAGAGGCCGUCGCCACGCUGCACAAGGAUGGAAUAGAGUUUGCAUUUAAGUACCAGAACCCUCGAGGACCAGAGUUUCCACCCAUCAACCUGGCCUUCCUGGAGGUCCUGAGUGAAUUCUCCUCCAAACUAAUCCGCCAAGACAAAAAGACAGUCCACUCUUACCUGGAAAAGUUCAUGUCGGAGUCGAUGUCGGAGCGUCGGGAGGACGUGUGGCUGCCGCUGAUCUCCUACAGGAACAGCCUGCUGACGGGAGGAGACGAGGACCACAUGUCUGUCACGUCGGGCUCCAGCAGCAAGACCGGUUCAGUCCGCAGCAAGAAGGGACGACCGCCGCUACACAAGAAACGCAUCGAGGAGGAGAGUAGCGUGGAGGGCUCGUGGAUGAUGCGUAAUGACACCUUACAGACACCGGGGGCGCUUCAGACCCCUCAGCUCACCUCAACAGUCCUCAGAGAGAACAGACCAGCAGAACACAUGCCUGACCCGGACUCAGAGCCCGGAUCCGAGAACGACUUCGUACACAAUCCUCAGAUGCAGAUGUCGUGGCUCGGCCAGCAGAAGAUGGAGGAGGUGAACAGGAAGGACCGAACGGGCAUGAACUACAUCAAGUCACGCAGCAAUCAGGGCGUCCGGCAGACUGUACGUGGGCUGAUGGAGGAUGACGCAGAGCCGAUCUUUGAGGACGUGAUGAUGUCAUCGCGGGGUCAGCUGGAGGACAUGAACGAGGAGUUUGAAGAUACCAUGGUGAUCGACCUGCCACCGUCAAGGAACAGACGUGAAAGAGCGGAAUUAAGACCGGACUUCUUUGACUCUGCAGCGAUGAUUGAGGACGAGUCGGGAUUCAGCAUGCCCAUGUUCUGAUCUGGGAAGAGGCAAAGAUCCUGAGAUCAGGAUUCAAAUCAGGAGUAAACAGAAGAGGGGAGGUUUGGGUCGUCUAACCCAGAUCGCCUGCCGAUCAAACUCUUAAGAAGAAGAAAAAUAACAUUGUUGAAGUACUUUUCUCUUUCUGUAAGACUCGAUGGGAGGAUGUUUGUCAAGCGGACACCUACUGAUGGAUCCCGCGUCGACCGGAUGUCACCUGGAAGCGAGGAUCCGCUCUGUUCAGUCAGGCGGCUCAGAGGAUCCACGGUCAAGUCUGAAUUAUUCAAGAGCUUCGUCCUGCUCGUAUUCUUCCUCUUCAGCCUUGUUGGUUUAGCUCUUGUUAGCGGUAGCUCUUAAGGCGCUCUGGCUGCAUAAUCCUGCAGCCGGCCGACGAGCACUUGCAGUUUUUACAGUCCCCCCCCCUCCCCCUGUUCCACAGAUGUACAGUUGUUUGCUUCCACUCCCGGUCAGCAGCACAGAGCAGCGUAAACACUCUGUACAGUCCCCCCUCUUCUUUUGGUGUUGCACUUCGAUCCAUCUGGUUAAACAUAGAGAGGAUCUCAGUACUAAAUGUUCUAUAUCUUUCCUCCUAUUGCCACCCACCGACCCCCCUCCUCUCCUCUCUGUCCGCCAUCUCCCAGUCCUUGUAUGUGGUGGUGCGUGACGUGCGUGUAAAGUGUUGGUGGGGAUGAUGGUUGAGCGGCGGCACACCCACACACAGAUCUGCAGCUGUCCCGGAGGAAGUGAUGUAACCGUCUCGUGUGCGUGUGGUGUCAAAGCAAAGGCGAGUGUCGUCGUUUGAGCCGCUUCUCGGACAGAAACACCCCCCCACUUUCUCAAAUCUUGGCAAAUUUCUGCACCCACACACACUCACACACUCCCCGAAUAACGGCUUUUUGAAGUUAAAAAAAAGUUUAAAAAAAGAAACAUAUUUUCAAUUCUGUAGCUUUAGUACUAAAGUUUUAAAUCAAGUGUGUUUUUGUUUUUGUCUGAUGUUUGUACAGCUUUUUUCUUGAAUAUGUAUCUUGUUUGUUGCCAAAUUGUGGCCUACAUACUUACAGUAUAUUCCAGUCCCUCUCCCCACACCUGUAACUCAUAUCCAACGGUUACCAAGGAACUUUGACGCGCUGUAUGGUCUGAUUGUAAUCGUUUUCACAGUUCAGUAUUACAGCAGGUUGUCUGAUCGGUUCGUUCAUUUUACAGGUGAAAACAAGUUCCAUUUUUGCACCUUGCAGGCAGUGUUGACGGAUCCAAGAAGUUAAAGAUUUGUUGUUACCGUUGUUCAUAUCCUGUGCAGUGAUGGAUCUUUUAUGUCUGACAGAUUUGUUUGAAUGUGUUUUGAAUGUGUUCAGCCAUACUUUUAUUCGCCCUCCGUUGGUUAAUCAAUCAUUUUACAACCUUCACUCAUUGGCUGGAUGGCAGUCCUGUAAAUAUCAGAGACAAUUGGAUCUUUUCUGCAGUGCAGUUGACAUCAGUUGCCCUAAAAUACUCUAAAAGCCUGUUUUUUUUUUCUGUGAACUUAAAUUCUUUUUAAUAAAAUAAAAUCUGUAAUCGA